AUGGGCCGUAAUAGUGGACAACGGGGUAGAAAAUCGAAACCCGACAAGAAACAACAACGCAAAAAACAGAAGGCCCUCAUGGAGCGAUGUCUACAGGCACUCAACCAGAAUGCCGCCGAAUUUCGUGAGAAACUAGCCGGCGGAGAAGCCCUCAAACAAACUUCUGAUGGUGGCGCAGAGCUUGAGGGCGCAUCGCGUCCGCUUGCUCACUUUCAGCCUGUACGGAUUAACUGUCUGACUAAAGAGACGCUCGCAGAUGCUGUAGAUAUGCUCAGCGAGAAGUUCACUCUCGACGAGGGUGAAGAAGGGGUGCGGGAAGGAAACUGA